AUGAAAAACUUAUUUGUUCUUGUGUUGUGCGUUAUCGUAGAUUCAUCGAAUAAAUGUUCAGAAAUUAAUACAAAUGGAGGUUUUGUGACUGAAAAUGAUGGAUACUGUAUAUAAACUGUGAUUGCAAUAAAUGAGGCUAAAACAUUUUGCUAAAAUUUGAGUCUUGCUCUUUAGCAUAUUAUUUAAAACAUGAGGAGUGUUAAAAUGCUAAUAAAUAGUGCACAUUUAAUGGUGUUACAGGAUGUAUUGCUUUAGCAGACUGCACUAAUAUCAAGUUAAAGAGUCAUGUAAGGUGGAUAAUGA